AUGAACGGAGUGUUUGCCGUAUACAAGCCAUCGGGCAUCUCAUCUGCAAAAUGCAUAGGUGAGCUUCAAGAACUAUUCACAAAGUCCACAACUUUCGCUCCUGACUUGAAAGCAAUGAAGGAAAAAGUCUUGUACGAUCUAAGUCGAGAUAAAAAGUGGAAGAACCGUGCUCAAAAGAAGGCCGACGCUACGAGAAUUAAAAUUGGUCACGGUGGAACAUUGGACCCAAUGGCCAGUGGCGUCUUGGUUGUUGGUGUCGGAUUGGGUACAAAGAAAUUGCAGUAUUACUUGUCUGAGUGUCAAAAGUCGUAUGAGACAAAGGCAUUGUUGGGUAUAUCUACCACCACGGGAGACGCUGAGGGUGAAAUUGUAACCAAGACAAAAAUCGACCAUAUAACACCGGGAUUGGUGAAACUGACAGCUGAAAAAUUUGUCGGCGACAUUAAACAAACACCACCAAUCUUUUCUGCAUUGAAAGUUGAUGGAAAGCCGCUAUAUGAGUAUGCUAGGAAGGGGUUGCCUUUGCCGACUCAAAUAAAGGUGAGAGACGUUAGGGUGAAUGAUAUUAAAGUUGUUGAUGAUGACUUGUUGUCAACAAAUCAUGAGUUUACAAAGCUCGAGAGUGAGUUGGAUGAAAAUGGUAUUCCAAAAGAACAUGGGUUGAAGAACAAUCCAACUUUGAAUGAUUCUCCGUUGUAUUUCUCCAAGGAGUACCUUGAUGCACAUGGGGACGACUCGGGAGAUAUCAAGCCAAGACUACUAGCAGAUGAUGAGGACCUUCCAGAAAAGUUGCCAUUGAUACAUUUUGUGUCGGAUGUCUCUUCUGGAACCUACAUCAGAAGUUUGAUCAGUGACAUUGGUAGAGCGUUGGAGUCUUCGGCAUAUAUGGUUGAGCUUAUACGGGUUAAGCAGUCUGAGUGGCAGUUGGGCAAGAACGUUUUCAAAAUGGAGGAUUUUGGAAAAGAUGAAGAUGUUUGGGGUCCAAUCUUGAAGAAAGUAUUGGACCAAGGGGGCGAAAAUAUAGAUUUAGCAACGGAGUUUGCUGCAGUAGAUAGACGGAGCAAAGGUACAGAGAAUGGCGAGGAUGCAGAGUCCCAUGUUGAUGCACCAAGAGGAGAAAAGAGAACAAUUGAUGAGGUUGAAAAAUGA